AUGAAUGGAGUGUGGAAGAACAAUUGCCCACAGUUUGUUCACGAUUUUCGUGGAUUUGAGAAGGUGGAUGAGGAGUUCAGAGAUCUUCAGCAACUUCAUGACCAUCAGGAGAAGAUGGAACUAGGUCUGCACGAGGACAACUUCAUUGAGCUUCUUGCUGGGCAACACAGGAAGCUUAUGAGUGAAGACCUGGUAGAACUGGAGGCCCAGAGAAAGGACAGAGAGAGACAACAGGGAGAAUAA